GCCAGUAACUGGUUCCCUAAGCUAAAGGCAGGAUUACCGGGGGCAGCCUGACGGGGAGGUGGGGAGCCCAGAACUUCCUGGACCCUCUCUAGCAGAGAAGGGGUGACGCUGUCCCGGGCACUCUGUAGUCCUGUCCCCCCGGGAUGGCCGGCCGGAGCCGCCGCUCGUGGCUCAGCGUUCUGCUGGGACUGGUGCUCGGCUUCCUCCUGGCCUCCCGGCUCAUCUUGCCCCGGGCCGCCGAGAUGCAAAGAGCCAGCCGGCGAAUCGGUGGCAGAGGAGUUGGAAGCGGGCAUGCGGGGGUCUGCGGCCUGCAGGCCGGCUUGAGGACUGAUUACGCUGCGGUACUUGGCUGGCAGCAGCCGCUUCAUCCUGAUACGGGGGCCUCGAACACUGGGCUGGAGGAAGACAUCCCCCAGGAUAAGAACUUUCUGUAUGUGGGAGUGAUGACAGCCCAGAAAUACCUGCAAACCCGAGCCGUGGCUGCUUAUAAAACCUGGGCAACCUCCAUCCCUGGCAAAGUCGAAUUCUUCUCGAGUGAAGGGUCUGACACUUCCAUACCAAUCCCUAUCAUAGCGCUGCAAGGUGUGGAUGACACGUACCCUCCACAGAAGAAAUCCUUCAUGAUGAUAAAGUAUAUGCACGAUCACUAUUUGGAUCAGUAUGAGUGGUUCAUGAGAGCAGAUGAUGAUGUUUACAUCAAAGGGGAUCGUCUGGAGAGCUUCUUGAGGAGCCUCAACAGCAGUGAACCUCUGUUCCUGGGUCAGACUGGCCUUGGCACAACAGAGGAGAUGGGCAAACUGGCGUUAGAACCAGGAGAAAACUUCUGCAUGGGUGGACCUGGUGUUAUUAUGAGCAGAGAGGUGCUGCGCAGGAUGGUCCCGCACAUCGGAGAAUGUAUGAGGGAGAUGUUCACCACCCACGAGGACGUGGAAAUUGGACGAUGUGUCAGGAGGUUCGCAGGCGUUCAGUGCGUCUGGUCGUAUGAGAUGCAGCAACUGUUUUAUGAGAACUAUGAGCAGAAUAAAAAAGGCUACAUCCGUGACCUUCAUAACAGCAAGAUUCACAGAGCUAUAACACUGCACCCGAAUAAAAACCCUCCGUACCAAUACAGACUGCACAGUUAUAUGCUGAGUCGGAAAAUAGCAGAGCUUCGGUACAGGACAAUCCAGCUCCACCGGGAAAUUGUUCUGAUGAGCAAAUAUGGCAAUACAGAGAUUCAUAAGGAUGAUAUGCAGCUGGGGAUGGCACCAUCUUUCAUGAAGUUCCAGCCAAGGCAAAGGGAAGAAAUCCUAGAAUGGGAGUUUUUGACUGGCAAAUAUUUGUAUUCAACAUCUGACGGGCAGCCUCCCAGACGGGGAAUGGAUGCUUCUCAGAAGGAGGCUCUCGAUGAUAUUGUAAUGCAAGUUAUGGAGAUGAUUAAUGCAAAUGCGAAAACACGAGGUCGUAUAAUUGACUUUAAAGAGAUCCAGUAUGGGUAUCGCAGGGUCAAUCCAAUGUAUGGCGCAGAAUACGUUCUUGAUCUGCUACUGCUCUACAAGAAGCACAAGGGGAAGAAGAUGACUGUCCCUGUAAGGAGACACGCCUAUCUCCAGCAGACUUUUAGUAAGAUACAAUUUAUGGAACAUGAAGAGAUAAACGCUAAAGAAUUGGCAAACAAAAUAAACAAAGAUUCAGGGUCGCUGUCAUUCCUUUCUAAUUCUCUAAAGAUGCUUGUUCCUUUUCAGCUAACUGCAUCAAGGGUUGAACACAAAGAACCAAAAGAAAAGAGAGUCAACAUCCUGGUUCCUCUGUCUGGGCGCUUUGAAAUGUUUGCCAGGUUCAUGUCCAACUUUGAGAAGACCUGCCUCGUUCCCAAUCAAAACGUGAAACUGGUCAUUCUCCUUUUUAAUUCCGACUCUAAUCCAGACAAGACGAGACAAGUCGAGCUCAUGAGAGACUAUCGGGUGAAAUACCCUAAAGCAGAUAUGCAGAUAUUGCCUGUGUCUGGAGAGUUCUCCAGGGCUCUGGCUUUGGAGGUUGGGUCCUCUCAGUUUAGCAAUGACUCCUUGCUUUUCUUCUGUGAUGUGGAUUUGGUGUUUUCCACAGAGUUUCUUCAAAGGUGUAGAGCAAACACCGUUUUAGGGCAGCAAAUCUAUUUUCCAAUUAUAUUCAGCCAGUAUGAUCCAAAGAUUGUCUAUGCUGGACGGGUACCCAGUGAAAACCAUUAUGCCUUCACGCAGAAAACCGGCUUGUGGAGAAACUACGGUUUUGGCAUCACGUGUAUCCAUAAGGAAGAUCUUAUCCGUGCAGGAGGCUUUGAUGUUUCAAUUCAAGGCUGGGGGCUUGAAGAUGUGGACCUUUUUAAUAAAGUUGUCCAGGCUGGGUUAAAGACAUUUAGGAGUCAAGAGGUAGGUGUGGUUCACAUCCACCACCCAGUCUUUUGUGACCCAAACCUUGAUCCCAAACAGUACAAAAUGUGUUUGGGCUCCAAAGCUUCUACGUAUGGUUCUACCCAGCGUCUAGCCGAGAUAUGGCUUGAAAAGAGUGACCCAGCAUUUGGCAAAACCACUCACACAAAUGACUCCGUGAGGACAGCCUAAUGACCCAGCGCUGCUGGGGGGGAAAAAUGAACAUUUUCAUACUGACCUAAUUUAUUUUUUUUUUCCUUUUUGAUAAAUCAAAUUAUAGUUUUUAGAAAUAUUUUGUUGUGUAGAGCUCGGCUGUUGAUGAGCUUCUUGAACAAAAAAUGUGAUCAGUAUUUGAUUUCAUAUUUUAAACAUAACUUGAAGUUUAAUAACAAAUCUACAUAAACCACAUUCCUUACAUCCCUGUGUACUCUUUCCUCUACCAUCCAAAAGCCAUAAUCUUGUGCAUACACCUUCUAUGAAGACAUUGCGAUGUACCUGGCUUACCAGGAUUUACAGCCCUGGUUCCCUAAACUUGUAUAUUCUGUGGUCACAUUUUUCAUUUUAUAGCGGCAGACAAUAUGCAAAGCAGCUCUUGUCCACGUGUUUGGUUUUAUUUUUCUUUUAAAUCUGGGCUUUUUUUUCUGCUGCCAUAUGUGCUUGGGGUUGUUCGACCUUUUGAUUUCAAUAGAAGUUUCUGAUGUUUACACUCCACUUAAAUAAAAUGGUCAGAUUUCGUCUAA